CAGCUUAUUUUCGCGAAGUACAGUAGCAGCAGCGGAGCUGAGAAGCUGAGACUCUUCAAAAAAUUAUCGAUUAUUUAGGUGUAAACGCACAACUGGAAAUGUAGGUGAAUAGCAACAUAGUCGUGGACACACCUGUCAUCAUAAUGGACUAAUAAACGGGUGAUGUAUAAAUCGAAAUUAUGGAAUUUUCACGCCAUUGACGGUGAAGUAGCCAAGAAAUGGAUGCCUCAGCACUACGCUGUGCACCUGACAACCCGCCGAAAGGUUCGGCCGGAACUCUGUGGCCGUUUCGGGGGCGAAGUGGGGUGAGAAAAGUAAUGAAGUUUGCAUUUGUGACUUUGUUAUGUUGCCUUCUCGUAGAGCGUUGUAUUGGGCAGGGUAUAGAUGUAAGGGAUGACUUGAAAAGGCGAUUUCCUAACUUGCACAAAAGAGGACUGUUGCCUGGUUUACUUGGGAAAAGGGCAAAUGGGGCACCUCCUCAAGUUGGUGUUGGGAGACAGAUGCUCCCGGCUGCGCAGAAAGGUGCAAAACCGCAACCUCCGGCCGCUGAUGCCCGGCCAAGACAUCUAGUUCCUCAACCAAAUAAUGGGCAAGUCAUAGAGCUUCCCAUGGUUAAGUAUCAUGAGGUCCCGUGGAAAAACUCAGUAGAACAUAACUUCAAAUGGCAGGAAAAUCAGCGGUCCUUUUUUACGUGUCCCCGCGGUUAUUUUAUAUCAGAGUUAUCAUAUCGUUUUGACACUGCUCAGUCUACUAUGAAUAGACCAUGGGCUUCCAAACAGGGGUCAAAGAUGUACACGAUCGCCGACAAAAUUGCCAAAAAAUUAUCACCCGAGCCGCGCGAGGUCAAGCUUCGCCGAGGCGAGGCAAACGCUCCAAAGAAUGCUCGGCAACAGUUCAUGGAUAUGGUCGCUCCAGAUGUUAUCAACCAAAGUCCCCUCACCCAAACGGGGUGUGAUCCUAUCUUAUUUUGCUUAGGACACCAAGCCUGUCUGUUUAAAAUCACUGUGGAUCUCUGCGGUUACGACCCUGUGCCUGGAAAACGGAAAAUGUUUUUUAUAACGGUGAAAUGCACGAGUGACAGCGAUGAAGGUCUUUAUGGUAAAACUAAAAAGGCUCUGGAGCUUAUGAGGAGAGAAAGAGAGCAUGUAAUGUACCUCUAUUUUGAUCAACUUCAUUCUGAUAAGACCAUCACGCAGGAUACACUCUAUCAAAUUCCCGAGGAGGAGGUGUUUGGAAUCAGUUGCCCAAGACCUCAACUGGCUCUUCAGAAUGGCUAUGCUGGUUACUGUACACAAAGGACACCCAGUGUGGAAGCAAUGGUGGAAAGCUUAUGGAAGGUCCUUGGCAGGGUACCGUACCGAGAGUGCAGGCAGGAGCUUGUUCAGGCCUACUGUGCUUAUCAUUACAACCUGACUGGAGGGUGCGUUCCCCCUGCCUUUGUUGAACAACCAGAGGGUGGAGCAAUAGCAAAGCCAGGAGAGAUCCAUUUCAGUUUCAAAGCAAUGCCUAAACCAGGACCAAGGCUGGAUAUCUCAGAGCAUGAAAAAGUAUUGAGCGAUCCUCAAGUGAGUUUGAUUCCAGCUCGGCUUGGCUUCCUCAUCCUGGCUCACACUGCACCUAAAACACUGGAUCAGUUACUGCGAUCGGUCUACCGUCCGUACUUCUACUACGUCAUUCAUGUUGACUACAGAGCGGAUAGUGUCAGAGAGGAAAUCAUGGAUAUGGUUAGCCAGCUCGGAGAUAAAGGGAACAACAUACGGGUGCUUCCCAAGGAGCGAUCGUUUGUCGCAUCGUGGGGAUCGUUUGAUAUCGUGCGAGCCGAGUUGGAGGUAAGAUCUGAUCUAGACAUGCUAUUUUAUCCGACAAGAUUAGGCUUUAGAGGUAGAGCACCUCGUAGAGAUCGGGUGAUGAUUGAGAAAUGAAAAAAAAAGUAUUCACAGAACCCAUUUUCAAUGAUAACAGAUUGGAUAUAGGUAUUUUGGGGGGUAAAAUUUGUUAUUUAAGAGCUAUUUUGUGUGAUGGGGAACAAUGAAAUGUGAAAUGUGUGGGUGUGAAUGGAUUGAGAUGUGACUGUAUUUCAAGCUAUCUUUCUGAGUUUCUGAAGUUUCUUGGUUGAUAGUAUUGGUGAUAAUGAUGGUGAGUACAAUGCAUGUGUCAAGGGAUUUCUGGCAAGUCAAGAAAUUUCAAAGUAUCUUUUCCAGGAACAAUCGGGAAAGACGUGGUAUAUAUUAGUCAAAUUCUUUCUGGGGAUUAAAGAUAAUGAUACCUUGAAGAUAUUACAAAGUCUAUUUGAAUUUGACAUUUAGUGGUACUUUGGUGGUCACUUUGAGUGUGACUCUCUAUUGUCGUAGAAACUGAAGUUUCUCACUGGGAAAAUUAUAUCAACUCUGUUUUCAUAGGGUAUGAAAAAAUAGAUUCAGACGAUCAGUGAAUGAGUAUCAUGUAGUGAUAUUGAUUAUAACAAUAUCUGAUGAUAAUGAUGAUGAUGAUGGUGGUGGUUGAUGAUGAUCAUGAUGGUGAUGAUGAUAAUGAUGGUGAUGAUGGUGAUGAUGCUGCUGCUGCUGAUGAUGAUGACAACGGCGAGUCAAUGGUGAUGGCAAUGAUAUUAAAUACACAGCUAUAAGUGACAGUGAUUGUAUUGAUACAAUUACGAUUCUGUAAUCAAAGAAUGAUGAAGCCAUUCUGCUUCAACAAUUUUGUCAGUAAUUGUGUACAUACACACACCCUGUCAUGUAAAGUCAAUGAUGUGAACCUUCAUGCAAGGUGAAUUGCAGUUGUAGCUGCAUGCAUAUCAUAUCAUUAUGGUAUACGGGUAGUUGAUAAUGAAUAUUUGAUUUUGAAAGCAAUACAUACUCAGAGAUACAGUGGAUCUAUGGUUUUAAAGCCUGUCCUAGGGACUCAGUAGUUGAGUAUCAGUCCUGUGAUGCAGUGUUUGGAUAAGGAUAGUGGAUCCCUUUUCAUGAUUAGAGGGCAUUCCCCUUUGGAUGUACAUUAUGAAUCUUUUGUGCAAGGCUAAUGGCAGAAUCAGGUUUGAAUCUAUUAGCUCAUUUAGCUGUGGUUUGUUCUAAAUGUCAGCGGUCAUUCAUCACUGUAGCACCCUCCCCCACC